CGUACUGCACCAGUAAGCAUCAUGUAUGUUUUGUAUAUUGCACAAAAAGAUUCUACAUUAUGUUUCACCUUAUAUAAUAAUUGGUUUAAUAGUUUAUAUACUGUAACAUGGUCCACUGGGUCACAAAUGAAUGGUGGAAUUCUCUUUUGCUUCGAAUUAAAUGUUUUAGUUUGUGUUAUGUAUUCUUAUUAGUAUAUCAUUUCAAUUGAUUAGGAUGCAUGUGAGGACUAGGUUAUUAUUAAGCUCUAUGGGCACUGCUUUAUUUGAGCUUCAGGCCCUAUUUUUAAAAUCUUGUCUCAUUAAUAAGUCUUCCAGUGCUCUUUUUAGGAAUAGCCAACCUUAUGUCAGUACAUAGUGGGUUUAUUUUAGGUAGAUAACACAUUUAUUUAUCAUAAGAAAGCUUGGGUAUCUUUUCAUUUGAUUUUUCUUUUUAAGUUUAAGCUAAAUUUGGUUUUCCCAUGAAAUAGUGUAGAUAUCUUCUUAAGGACUGUGUAGUUAUGUCUAGCUUUUUAAUUUACUGGUGAUGAAGUUACUUGUUAGCGUUUCUUCCUCAGUUCUCUAACUCCAGAACUUGGGUCUACUUGAUCAUAUGCAGAUCAUUCGCGAAAAAUAAGCUGGUAAUUCUGUAGAACAUGAUACGAGAGAUUUACUAUUGUGUUCAUAAGCCCAAUAAUCGCUUGUAUUUGAAAUUAUCCUACCAGUGUUGUGCUUCGAGUUAAUGUAAAUGAGGCAUAUUACACUCAGUGAUCACGAAAUCUGGACUCUUACUCAGUUCCGCAGUAAUUUUGGUGGUUAUUCCUCGAUUGAAAGGUUAAGUAACUAGACUAGCCACCUCCAAUUAUAUAUACCAUUUCAACUGCGGUUGUGGAGCGCGUUUUAUUUCAGCCGUCGCCUCAGGAACUUGAUUUUCCUUGCUAUAAAACAUCUACCAGUGCGGCUCAAUAAAGGUGUAGUGAAAACCAGCAGUUCGAUAUGACACUACCAGGUCAAAAAUGGUCACGAAGCCAGCAUUGAGAAAUAAAUUGCUAAAGAAUUCGAGGUACCUCAUACUUCAAACAGUAAAGGCAAUUCGCCUGAAACAACCGGUGCUCUGUGAAGAAGAAGCAAGUCCAACUACUACUAUUGCCCUGGCCGGCCUUCGCUGGAGACUAAUUCAUGAAUUUGUAUUUUCCCUAAUUUUCCUGAUAUUCAGUGUUGUUGUUACUAUCGAAAUGUAAUCCAUUGAUAUUAUUAAUAUUGAUGCAAUGUUAUUUAAACAGCAUUUAUUCCCCUUGAUGAAUUUGAACAAAGCAAGAACAACGGUGGUUUGUGCAGAAUAAAGAAAUGUGGAAACUUGUACUGACGCACUUUUGUGCAAAGCUGUACAAUGCUUGUGUUCCCCAAGGAAUUUAAUUUAGGAUUCACUAAAAUCACUUUUUGUUCAAAGUAUGUUUAAAACAGGAUGAUGCGAGUUCAAGAUGAAAAGUGGAAAGCUUAAAACGAUAUAUUUACAAGUUAGUUUAAAAUGGUAUACUACAAGUUGAAAGUGUUAUCGGAACAAGUUGAUGGUUUAGUCUUCUUAAUGGUAAGAAAAGUGGUUCUGUGAGAUAAUUUGGAGUUCUGAAGAACCUUUUGCUCACAAAUGUUACUCCAAUGCAUCAUUAAAACAGUCGUUUAAAUCCCUCGCAUAGCAGAAGAUUGAUAAAGCAAUGAUGUCCUUAAAAAACGGGCUACUAAAACAAGUUCACAUCUCACAAGGCAGAGUCGAUUUUAAACUUCUUUUAUUUUGAAAUACAUUCACAUAGUGUUUGGAAAAUCCACUUAUCAGUAAACUAUAUCCACCUUUUUGAAAUAAUCAGUUUGUUUUUAUUACGUACAACCAUAAUGGUUUCUAGUCUAAGAUUUUUAAUCAUUUGGUUAAAAUAAACAAAAAAAACUUGGUAAAAUGGAAGUCUUCAUUGUGAGAUAAAUAUACUUAUUUUCAGAAAGAGUAAUAAUCCGUAACAUACGAAUAAUGAUGAGAGCUUGGCAAUUGGUCGAUAUCAAUGGUGAAAUUAUCAAUGAAGAGGAUGUUUCCAGUGUCGGAUCUGAUUGGUCAUUUAUGCAAUUCGAUCCAGAUGAUGGUUAUCCAAGUCGCCCACAUUCAGUAGCUGGUCGACGUUCAGAUAAUGAAACUGAACACCAUUCGCGUUCCCCUUCAGCACAUAGUGACUAUAACUGUUACAGUUCCCACUGCAGUCCAGAAAGAUAUGUUGAACCUCGUGUGAAAACUAAAAAUAAUGAUAAAUCAAUAAAGAACAAACAGUUUCCUGCCAUUGUUCCUACGAACGUGAUUAGUCGUGUAUCAUCGAAAACGGAAACACUGAAAGUUCAUUCUCGAAAUGGAUUACGACCUGGUCACAUACAUCAGUCUUCGAAUAUAAAUACAAAUGGAUCACGUCAGAUACUAGCGCGUUGGAAUGCUAGUCGGAAGCAUAAUAACAAUCACCACACAAAUCUUUGCGUGGAUGCUCAACGUUCCAAAUGUCUUCGCCGGGGCCCAUUGAUUAAUCACGGUUUUCAACGUCGUCAAGUUCGUUUGGGCAACGGAGGACAUGUACCUUGCCAAAGAAGUUAA